AUGCGCGCGAAGAUGAUGAAUUCGUCGUUCUCAACCUCAUCGGCGACUACAACCGCAACAAAACGAUCCUCUUCUUCUUCUUCUUCUUCUUCUUCUGCUUCAUCGUCGUCGUUCAGAACGCGCGCGAUUGCGUCUUCUUCGGAUGCAGCUGCAGCUUCAGCCUCAACUCCUCCUUCUUCUUCACCUGCGAAAAGCUCCUCCGCCGCGGGAGUGAACACAGACGCGCCGACGUUUCAACAAGCAAUCAAUAGAUUGCAAGACUACUGGGCCUCAAAAGGGUGCGCAGUUUGGCUUCCGCAUAACACUGAAGUCGGCGCGGGAACGAUGAACCCGGCGACGUUUUUGCGUUGCUUAGGACCAGAACCUUGGAACGUGUGCUACCCGGAACCGUCGGUGAGACCGGAUGAUUCUAGGUACGGGGAUAAUCCGAAUCGAGUACAAAGACACACGCAGUUUCAGGUGAUUUUAAAACCAGCACCGGCGAAUCCGCAAGAACUCUAUUUAGGCUCCUUAGAAGCGCUCGGCGUAGAUACGAAAGCGCACGACAUUCGCUUCGUGGAAGAUAACUGGGAAAGUCCAGUUUUAGGCGCGUGGGGGUUGGGAUGGGAAGUUUGGCUCGACGGCAUGGAAGUGACGCAGUUUACGUAUUUCCAACAAUGCGGUAGCGUGAAAGUCAAUCCAGUUGCGGUUGAAAUCACGUACGGUCUAGAGCGCGUCUUGAUGGCUUUACAAAAUGUGGAUCACUUCAAAGAUAUUAGAUACAAUGAUUCCUUAACGUACGGCGAAAUGCGUUUACAGGACGAAUACGAAAUGUCCGUGUUCAACAUGGACGUAGCUUCGGUGGAAAAUCAGAGAUUGCGUUUUGAUUUAGCCGAUAAAGAAGCGCAAUCGCUGAUUGAAAACAGACUUCCUCUUCCUGCGUACGACCAGUUGCUUAAAGCGUCUCACGCGUUUAACAUUCUCGACGCUCGUGGUGCGGUUGGCGUAACGGAGAGACAGAAAUUGUUUGCCUCCAUGCGUGAUUUGGCGAGAAAUAUUGCCUCCCUUUGGGUCGAAAGACGCGAAGAGUUAGGUUACCCGCUCGGAAGCUUAGUCGAAGGAUCAAGCGACGACAAAGAAGAUGACAACGGUAAAAAAAAGAAGAAAAAGAAUAACAAGCAAAACGACGCCGCGAAACCUGUUGCGCCCAUAGACGAAUCAAAGCUCCCGAAUGAGAAGGCUGAUUUUGUUUUUGAAAUUGGUACCGAAGAGUUGCCGCCUCACGAUGUUGUUUCGUGCAUUCAUCAAGUCGAGCUCGCCAUGAAUUCCAUUUUAGAGCAAUCUGGACUAGAAUACGAUAGCGUCUCAGUUGGUGGUACGCCUCGCCGCGUAUCCGUCGCGAUAAAAAACCUCUCUCCAAAACAGCCAGAUCAAGAAUCGCGGAAUCGCGGUCCUCCGCUUUCGAGAGCGUUUGAGGAAGACGGAGUGACUCCAACCAAAGCUUUGCUCGGAUUUUGCACAAAAAACAAUGUGGUCGAUCUCGAGAAAGAACUCGAAAAGGACGACGAGUACGUGUGGGCAAACGUGAAAGCAGUCGGGAAAUCUGCCUCUGAAGUUAUGCGCGACGAGUUGCCAAAAGUCGUAGAAUCCAUCAAGUUUAUCAAAACCAUGCGCUGGCAGUUGAACGAAGACAACGCAUUCUCACGACCUAUGCGUUGGUUAUUUGCGUGCCACGGUCAAUCGAUAAUACCCUUUUCUGCGCUCGGUGUUACUUCAAGUGAUACGACGAGAGGUUUGCGACCUCCUGGAUUGGAAGCGCCGGUGGAGGAAACGCUGACCAACGUCCAAGACUACUUUUCGUUUUUGGAAAGAGAAGGAAUCGUUCCAGACAUCGAAGCGCGCAAAAAUGAAAUUUGGAGUAACGCGGUAUCUUUAGCAGAAUCAGUCGGAGGCGUUGUCCCGGAAGGCAACAAAGAGAGUGGUGGCUUGUUAGACGAAGUUGCGAAUUUGUUGGAAGCGGGACAACCGGUUUUGGGCGAAUUCGAGGCGGAAUAUUUGAGCUUACCGAAAGAAGUCUUAAUUACCGUCAUGAAGAAGCACCAGCGCUAUUUCCCAGUCGAGAACAAAACAAGCGGUGACUUGCUUAAUAACUUUGUGACGUUUGCGAACGGACCGUGCGAUGUUUCGGCCGUAAAAUCCGGAAAUGAAGCUGUAUUAAGAGCGAGGUACCAAGAUGCUAAAUUCUUUUACGAAAACGACUGCAAGGAAAGUUUAGAGACGCUUCGUCCAAAGUUGGAAGGCAUAACGUUUCAAACCGAAUUAGGUUCUAUGCUGCAGAAAACAGAGCGAGCCGAGAAUCUCGCGCCGAAGGUCGCGGCGGCGUUGGGAUACGGCGAUGACGCUUCAAUUGUGGCCAUGGCGACGAAAGCCGCACGUUUAGCUCGUGCCGAUUUAGCGUCUUCCAUGGUCAUGGAGCUCACAUCGCUCGCUGGCGUGAUGGGCGAACACUACGCGAAAAAGUGUGACAAGCUUGACGACACGACCUCUAAAGCUAUUUUUGAAGCAAACCUUCCGAGAUUUUCGGGAGAUUUAAUCGCUUCCACGGCUCCAGGUAUCGUGGCGACCAUAGCGGACAAGGCGGAUACUUUGGUUGGAUUAUUUGCAGUCGUUGGAGCACCAAAAGCGACGGCAGAUCCCUUCGGUUUGCGAAGAACUGCGUACGGUCUCGUCCAAACGUUAGUAAACAACGAUCUUCAAACACAAGGUGGAGAUGUUCGAGCGUUAUUCGGACUUGCAAAGAGUGAACAGCCCGUGGAUGUAAGCGACAAAGCGAUGGAAGACUGCGCGGAGUUUACGAAAAGAAGAUUAGAACAACUCUUAGUGGACGCAGGAAAUGAUGUUGAAUCCGUUCGCGCAAUUUUGAACACGGAUAUUGGAUUCAACCCUGCGAGAGCGUCCGCUUCGGUAACAGAAUUGCAAGCGGCAAUGAAGGACGCAAACACCUUUUCCAAGGCGAAGAACGUUUUAUCGAGACCGACGAAACUCAUCAGAGGGAAGAAAGAUUUCACGCCGAGUGGGAAAAUAGACGAGUCUUUGCUCGUGGAGGAAGCGGAAAUCGAGUUCUUUAACACGUAUAAGAAAGCGUGCGACAAAAUAGCAGCCAACCAGAGCAUCGCAUCUUUGAUUGAAGCUUUAGCAGAAAUGGAGGAUUCCUCGACACGAUUCUUCGAAGACGUUUUCGUGAACUGUGAAGACUUACCGACGCGACAAAACCGCUUAGACCUCAUAGACUCGGUUGCAUCGUUGCCGAAGGAUAUGGUUGACUUCUCGGUCUUACCAGGAUUUUAA